AAAUUUCAUUGCAGAGUCACUGUGAUGCACUUACAUGUAUAGUAGGUACCUGGGUUGAGAGGAAGAAGUAUGCUAAUGGUUAGAUCAUUGGGGCAGUGUCCAUAAGCCAUGGUGGAUCGGAAUAGCAUAGUUUUAGCUUUUGUGUUUCUCUUGUUGUUGUUGUUGUUUGAGUCUACAUUUGAGCAGCAAGUCCAGCAGGCUUCUCCGGCUGAGCGAGCUGCUCUACUGGGACUCAGAUCCUCUUUGGGGCUUAGAAGCAAGAAUUGGCCUAUAAAGACUGAACCUUGCUCGAAUUGGACUGGCAUAAGUUGUGCAAAUGGUAGUGUUGUUAGUAUUAACAUUUCUGGGUUUAGAAGAACAAGGCUUGGUCGACUAAACCCACAGUUUGCUGUUGACUCUCUUGCUAAUUUGACACAUUUGGUCUCUUUUAAUGCUUCUGGGUUCUUGCUUCCGGGUCCGAUCCCAGAAUGGUUUGGCCAAAGUUUGUUGACUCUGCAAGUGCUGGAUCUCCGGUUUUGUUCUGUGAAUGGUUCUAUUCCUUUGAGUAUAGGCAAUUUGACUAGUUUAACAGGACUAUAUUUAUCUGACAAUGGCAUUAGUGGGCUGAUUCCUUCUUCUCUGGGUCGAUUGUUGAACCUUUCAGUCCUUGAUCUUUCAAAGAAUUCACUUACUGGAACUAUCCCUGCAUUGGUUGCUUCACUUGGCAACCUAACAAGUCUCCACAUUUCUUCAAACAACCUAAGUGGGUCAAUUCCUCCUGGCAUUGGGUCCCUUUUGAAGCUACAAAGUUUAAAUCUUUCCAACAAUGGUCUAACAUCUUCAAUACCUGCCCAACUGGGGGAUCUCAACAGCUUGGUUGACCUUGAUCUCAGCUUCAAUGCAUUGUCUGGGCCUGUGCCGGAGGAUUUGAGAGGGCUAAGAAAUCUGCAAAGAUUGGUGUUUGGGCACAACUCUCUAGGUGGAUCUUUGUCAGCGAAUUUGUUCCCUGGUACAAGUAAAUUGCAGGUUGUAGUUCUGAGACAGAAUGGUUUCACUGGUGUCCUUCCAGAUGUGUUGUGGUCAUUACUCGGAUUGAACUUGCUUGAUGUCUCUGGCAACAAUUUCACUGGUUUGCUGCCUAAUUCUAGCUUGAACAGUAAUGGCACAGCUGCAGAACUAAACAUAUCUAGGAAUAUGUUUUAUGGAGAUCUCACACCUCUGCUAAGCAGGUAUAGUUCUAUAGAUUUAUCAGGAAAUUAUUUUGAAGGCAAAGUUCCAGUAUAUGUGCCCAAGAAUGCAUCCCUUGGUUCCAACUGCCUGCAAAUAGUGCCAAAUCAGAGGAAUUUCACAGAGUGUUCAUCAUUCUAUGCUGAGAGAGGCCUGACUUUUGAUAAUUUUGGGUUCCCAAAUUCCACACAACCUCCAGGAUCUGGUUCUGGAAAGAGCAAGAGAAAAAUAAUUAUAUUGGCAGUAGUUCUGGGGGGAGUUGUGUUUUUUGCAUCAUUGGUUGCAUUGCUGCUGCUGGUUAUAUGUGCAUGUAAAAGGGACACUACAAAUGAAAGGGCAGGUGAUGUGCAACCAGUUCCUGCUCAGGACAAGCCUCCGCUACCGGAAGCAUCCAUUACUAACUUUUCAAGUGUGGGGGAGGCGUUUGUAUAUCAGCAGCUCCUUCAAGCCACAUUGGACUUUUGUGAUGAAAACCUUAUCAAGCAUGGUCAUUCUGGUGAUCUCUUCAGGGGUUUUUUGGAAGGUGGAAUUCCCGUUGUCAUCAAAAGGGUUGAUUUGCAGUCAAUUAGUAGGGAAUCAUACAUGUUAGAGUUGGAUUUUUUUAGUAAGGCCUCACAUACACGAUUGGUUCCCCUUUUGGGACACUGCCUAGAGAAAGAAAAUGAAAAAUUCCUGGUUUAUAAAUAUAUGCCAAAUGGGGAUCUGUCAAGUUCCUUGUACAGGAAAGGCAAUUCAGAAGAUGAUAAUUUACAGUCAUUGGAUUGGAUAACAAGAUCGAAAAUUGCCAUAGGAGCUGCAGAGGGUCUAUCAUAUCUGCAUUAUGAAUGUACACCACCCUUUGUCCACAGAGAUGUUCAAGCAAGCAGCAUCCUUCUUGAUGAUAAAUUUGAAGUACGCCUUGGGAGUCUGAGUGAGGUUUGUGCUCAUGAAGGUGAAGGUCCUCAAAGCAGAAUUAGCAGAUUGCUACGGUUGCCACAGUCAUCUGAACAAGGUGCUUCUGGUUCAUCAACAGCAUCAUGUGCCUAUGACGUUUAUUGUUUUGGAAAGGUGUUACUCGAGCUGGUAACUGGUAAACUUGGAAUCAGUGCAUCCAACAAUGCCCAAGUGAAGGAAUGGUUGGAUCAGACAUUGCCAUACAUCACAAUAUACGAUAAGGACCUCGUUACAAAAAUUGUUGACCCAUCUCUUAUUGUGGAUGAGGAUCUGUUAGAGGAAGUGUGGGCAAUGGCCAUUGUUGCCAGGUCUUGCCUAAAUCCCAAACCUUCAAGGCGGCCGCCAAUGAGGUAUGUCCUUAAAGCUUUAGAAAACCCAUUGAAGGUAGUAAGGGAAGAGAAUUCAAACUCAGCAAGGCUUAGAACAACAUCUUCAAGAGGCUACUGGAAUGUUGCCCUGUUUGGUAGCUGGCGUAGCUCCUCUGAUGCAGCAGUUAUUGCAGCAGCCUCCAGUGCUAGAGCAGAUGCUCCAGCCAGUUUAAAACAUUCAGGAACAACAGGUUCACAAUCACAGGGCAGUGGCCAAAAUGGUGUUGGUGAACGUUCAUCCUCACGUAGAAGACAUUCCAGCGAGAUCUGCCCUGAACCAUUUGACAUGCAAGAUGUAGAGAGACAGGAUCAGGAGUAUCGGAGAGGUUGAUUUUCCUCAAUUCUUUGUUAAUAAGACAGCAGGCAACCCAUUUGAUGCCUGCUUUUAGGCACCCUAGCAAGCUCUCCUUGGAGGUAAACACAGUUUUAAGGUAUAAUUUAAUUCGUUAAUAAGACAGCAGGCAACCCAUUUGAUGCCUGCUUUCAGGCAACCCAUUUGAUGCCUGCUUUCAGGCACCCUAGCAAGCCCUUCUAGGAGGUAGACGCAGCUUUAAGGUAAUUUAAUUCCUUCAUCCAGGGUGUUCGAGAAUCUUAUCUUCAUCAAGGGUUAACUUAUACAGAAGAUUUGGAAGACAUUGGUCAUGUAAUGUUUGAUAGGAGGUGGUCAGGAAGAGAAAAGGGUGCAAUAGGUGGUACAAUGCUUCUCUUUUUACAGCUUGUGAAAACAAGCUACACAAUGUUUUUGUCUGGAAUUGAUCCUUUUUUUUUUUUCUAUUUUUUGUGGGAUGUACAGUGUUAUAUUAAGGAUUACUUGAGGGCAGAUUUUUACACUAGAGAUCAGAAAAGAUUAGAAAUGGAAAUCAAUGGAGAAGAAGAAU